AUGAGAGACAACCCCCGGCCGGACCCGCCGCAACGCACCGGCACACUCACGUCCAAUGGAGAGGUGAAUGACUUCAUCGAAAGGCAACCAAAGGCUAUAAAACACAACUACAACGAGCUCUGCAAAGCCAUCCUAGCAGAAUACUCAGACUACGGCGCCUCCGGGACCCUCACGGCAGCCAUGGCAGUCAAACAAGCUCACAACGAGCUUGCGGAAUGCUACUACCACAGGUUGCGACAGGCCUUCUUCGGCAACCGAAACUACGAAGGGAUGGAGGAAGACACGAAUUUCAGGGCCCUGUACCUCCAAAACCUCCACCCCAACCUUAGCCAGCUACUGGGCGUGUACGCCUGCCCCCUUACACAGGACAUACGGCAACUGAAGACCCUGCUGAGCUGCAGCGGUGGCGUCAGCGUGGGGGUGCACAUAUACAACUGUAAAAAACAGCUGUUGGAACUCACGCGGCAAAUAAAAGGGCCGAAGAGACAGCGACAACAGUUCAACAUGAGGAGUGCAGAUCUUCUCCCGCACAACGACGGUUUUACAGUACCUUUCGUUCACGUAGAGGCACACUCCUCCUCCCCGCGACUUCCCGGUGAUUUCCUGGUCCCGGUCAAGUCUGUAUGGAGCUCCAAAGCCCCUCACCGAGAGAUCCUCAUCUCGAUCGGUGUCCGUAAGCCAAGACUCCGUAAAGACGAGAAGACAGGCAUUGGUGAUCUCCUGUCUCACCGUGGCCCAAGCUUCCAGCUCGUCCAGCUUGUUACGGAGAGAUUGCGCGUUCCCAAGCAGGAUGGAUGGGAGCGCGGGCAUCCGUCGGCGGUCCUGGAGGCACAAGCGCUUCAAUCUCCGGUGGACACCUCCUCGUCUUCCCCUUUUGCGGCGUACGUGUCGAGCCGCGGUGGGAUGUCUGGCGGUGGAUCCGCGGCCCGCUCAGAGAACCGGAGCUGUAGGAGGGACUCCCGCGUAAAGCUACGCGGGUCGCACACUGUGAAGCGUCCCCAGGCGAAGCCGCACACCCAACCUACAGUGUACAGUGUGGAAAACCACAUGGAACUUGAAGGCGCACCAACGGCCCGGAAACACAAAUGGGGAACCGACCACGGACCCCAAAGGAAUAACCACAAACACGCGGACCCGAAGAACGGACAGCCACGCGACCAGCACCUCCCGCAAUACGGCGAGAGACGCGCCGGCCAGGCCGACGGGAAAGACCGCGCGCCACAACGGUCCCACCAAGACCGCACUGCCACAACCAUUAAUAAGGACAACCUUUCUAGGGAGGAACAAUCCCUCCUCCGCACGCUCCUGCGCAAAGCCAGAGAGAAGAAGACAGACAACGCCGACGUGUUCGCAGUGUCCGUGUCGGAUGACGCCGAGAACGCUCCCUACCACAUGGACGACGACCUCAGCGAACAGGAGCUAAAUGACGACUACUCAAACGCACCAACGGUGGACACCUGCUACGACCAGAGGGAUGUCAUGGUAAUACAGGUAAACUCCAUCACAGACCCACGAGAGGACGGCCCCUCGACAACCAACUGCGAACCACCGUUCCGCCAAUUCAUGGGCGAUCUACAACAAAGAGGUACCUACGGGAAACUCUACCUGCCCGUAACACUCGAAGACCAAUGGGAACACGAGGCGCUCGUGGACACAGCUGCCGAUAUCAGCCUGAUUGGCGAAGACCUCUUCGGUAAGUUACAGUCUAUGGCCAGUAAAUCCCACAGACACCUAAAAACGCAGGCAUGCGACUUAGAAAUACAACCCUAUUCCCAGGUAGAUACGACCAUACGUAAAAUGGCUCUAAUGCGACUGACCGUGGGCCCCAUGACACUGGUCCACCCGGUCUACAUCUCCCCAUUCAACACGCAUCCGCUCCUAUUGGGCCAGGACCUUCUAAAUCGGUUUAAGCCCCUAAUAGACUACCAACGUCUAAAGAUCUGGACACAGGUCCGGGAGCCCUUGCCCAUUCCGCGCCCGUUGGGCGAAAACCACCGCUACUCCGUAGACGCGCCGCCCACGAACGGCCCACAGCCCGCCGCGGCACAAACCGAAACCGGUCAGGGGACGCCCACAACCGGCGCGAACGCCACGCGCACGGCCCCCGACCGGAGGGAGGUUAAGACCGUCGGACUUAACCUCCCUCCGACAUGCGGACCCCACACUGGAACGCCCCUUCAACGCCAUGGUCGCCACGACGCUUAG